CUCCCCUCUCUGUCUGAGUGACGUCACAGGGAUGGGCAGGUCACGUGGUCGCCUCUGAGGGAGACCUGUUGGUGUAACGUUGCUGAAACAGGAGAAAGAAGGAGACGGAGAAGGAGAAAGAAGGAGUAGAAGGAAAGGGAAGCGAGCAAGGUUGAUUCCUCGGUACUCUGUGUUCAUACCAGGUUUGCAUUCUGACCUGCAGGCCAAUGUAAGUCGUGUUGAGUGACUGCGUGUGAAAGAGGGAUCAUCACCAUCCUCAUGUCCUAUGGAGGAGGUUUUUAUGGACGCACUGAGCGCGUCCGCCAGGCGCCCCACUAUGACACGGUGCCACAGGGCUCUUUACCCCGAGCAGACUCCCUCGACCUGCAGCCGCUGAGGGAGCAGAGAUCGGCUCACCUCGCUCAGAGCGCCGACCCCCUCCCUCCUCCGCCUCUGCCGGACCAGCCUCCUGUGGGCCCUGAGUUCGAUCCCAGCGGCAGCGAGGACAACGCAGACCGCGACCUGGACCCCGACCUGGUCCCUGACCCGGCUUCCGACCCGGCCCUCGACAUUAAACCGGUCCACCGCUUCAUCCCGGACUCCUGGAAGAACUUCUUCAGAGGAAGCAACCGCAGCAGUAACAAGCCCUGGUCCAUGUCUGCCUCCUCCACUAACAACAACAACAGCACCACUGAGGGGGUGCGCUGCUCUCCUCCACAGUCCCCCUCUGUCCCGGGAUCCUACCGGGAUCCGUAUGGCGGCUCGGGCAGCAGCUACAACUCCCGCAAGGAGCUUCUGGAACUACGGGACGGCCACGAGUCUGUGUCAGGGCGCACCUACCACACCGGUCUGACCUACAGCGAGCGAGUGGAGGAGUACCACCUGCGCUACGCCUACAUGAAGUCCUGGGCCGGACUGCUGAGGAUUCUGGGCUGCGUGGAGCUCCUGCUGGGGGCCGCCGUGUUCGCCUGCGUCUGUGCGUACAUCCACAAAGACAACGAGUGGUUCAACAUGUUCGGGUACUCGUCUCCCGGAGGAGCAUACGGAGGCGGUUUAUACGGCGGCACCACAGGCGGGUCCUACUACACAGGGCCCAAGACCCCGUUUGUGUUGGUGGUGGCAGGGCUGGCCUGGUUGGUGACUGUGAUCAUGUUGGUGCUGGGGAUGACCAUGUACUACCGCACCAUCCUGCUGGACUCCUCCUGGUGGCCUCUGACGGAGUUCACCAUAAACCUGGCUCUAGCAGUGCUGUACAUGGCAGCAGGCAUCGUUUAUGUCCGAGACACGACCCGCGGAGGGCUCUGCUCCUACCCGGUCUUCAACAACGGCAUCAAUGGGGCGUUCUGCAGGACAGAGGCGGGCCAGACCGCCGCCAUUAUCUUUCUCUUUGUUACUUUGGUCGUAUAUCUGAUUGGAGCCAUGGUGUGUCUCAAGCUGUGGAGACAUGAAGCUGCACGCAGAUACCGGGAGAAGUACGGCCAGGAGAUGCAUCCAUCUGACAUCCGAACCACACAAUCUUUGAUGGUUCCAGUAGUUCCAGGUCCUGCAGCCAAAGUUCCUGAACAGGUCCAAGGCUCCUCUGUCGUUCCCAUCCAGGCUGCUCUAAAAGCAGUCCCACCAAAGGUUUUACAGGGAGCUAUACCAUCAGGGCACAUUCCAAAACCUGUUAUUAUGCCUGACUACAUUGCGAAGUACCCGACGAUCCGGUCGGACGAGGAGCGGGACCAGUACCGAGCCGUGUUCAAUGACCAGUACGCGGAGUACAAAGAGAUCCACUCGGACGUUCAGGCGACCCUCAAGAAGUUUGACGACAUGGACGUCAUGAUGCGCAGUCUGCCCCAGCACCCCACCAGCCAGAUGGAGGUCGAUCGCAUUAACAAAAUCCUUCAGGAAUACCAGAGGAAGAAAAAUGACCCUACGUUCCUGGAGAAGAAGGAGCGCUGCGAGUACCUGAAGAGCAAACUGUCGCACAUCAAACAGAAGAUCCAGGAAUAUGAUAAAGUCAUGGAGUGGAACGACGGAUACAGCUCAGUUUCAGUUGAGCCGUUUCAGGUGGAGCAGAGACAGAGACAGAGACAGAGACAACAGAUUCUUUCCACAGAGCAGCACCCAGUGGAUCCAGCAGUAAUGUCCUCCAGGCCCAACGGGAGUCCGCCUCCCUAUGAGUCAGAUGGAUAUAACGUCCCUCCCCAGCCGGCCUAUUCCUACUACCCGGACGACGAGUUCCAGCAUUUCUACCGCUGGACGUCUCCACCGGGCAUCCUCAAAAUCAUGUCCAUCAUGGUCAUCGUGAUGUCCGUCGCCAUAUUUGCUUGCGUCGCCUCCACGCUGGCUUGGGACAGUCAGGGCGCCCUGGGUGGAUUUGGGGGCAUCGGCUACGGGGGAGGAGGAAGCUAUGGAGGAGGUUAUGGAGGAAGCUAUGGCGGUGGCGGGUACGGCAGCUUUGGUGGCGGCGGAUACGGAGCUGGGAACAACUACGGCUACGGUGGAAUCGGAGGGAACUACAACGACCCCCGAGCGGGCAAAGGCUUCAUCAUUGCCAUGGCAGCCAUCAGCUUCAUCGCAGCCCUGGCCAUCUUCAUCAUCAUCGUGUCUCACCAGAGCCUAUCGGAGAGCAGGAAGUUCUACCUAGCAGUGAUCAUCAUCUCCGCCAUCCUGGCGCUGCUAAUGCUCAUCGCCUCCAUAGUGUACUUGGUAGCGGUGAACCCGAUGGCGCAGUCCUCCGGGUCGGCCUACGGCAGCCAGAUUGCUGGUCUGUGUGCUCAGUACCAAAGACCACAGCCCUCAGGGAUGUUCGUCAACCAGUACCUGUACCACUACUGCGUCGUGGAGCCACAAGAGGCCAUCGCUGUGGUGUUGGGCUUCCUGGUCGCCAUCGCUCUGAUCAUCAUGCUCGUCUUCGCUCUGAAGACUCGCCAGAAAAUCCAAAACUACGGCAAGAGCAACAUUUUGUGGAAGAGGGUGAAGGUUGUGGACGAGAUGGAGCCACCUGGGGAUGUAGAGGCGUGGGUGAACAAUGUGUCCGGUAGCCCUGAGGUACUCCCGAUAUCAGACUACCCCAAUAAGCUGAGAGGCUCCAGGAGUUACCUGGACGACGAAAGCACAAACUAUGACAAACCCCCCCACAGUUACACCCCACAGCCUCCAGUGGAAGAGGCAAUGCCUUUGCAUAACGGCGUUCCCUACAGCAGUAACUCGGAGUUAGCCAGCUCGGCUGGAAGGCCCAAAAAGAGACGUGCAGGCCGGCCGCGCCGCGCUGACGGACAUGAUUACGACACCGACUACAACUCCUCAGGAGACGAGCUGGACGACGAAGACUUUCAUCGUGAAUUUCCUCCAAUAGCCACUGAGCAGAUUCGCAACGACUACAAGCACGAAUUUGACCGCGACCACCUCGAGUACAAGGAUCUGCAGGCGGAGCUGGACGCCAUCAAUAAGAGCCUGUCGGAGGUGGACCGAGAGCUGGAUGAUCUGCAGGAGGGCAGCCCGCAGUACCUGGAUGCAAUGGAUGAAUACAACAGGAUAAAGAACAUGAAACGGACUCCAGAUUAUCAGGUGAAGAAGCGCAGGUGUAAAUAUCUGAAGUCCAAACUAAACCACAUCAAGAAGAUGGUCAGCGAUUAUGACCGCAGGGCCUGAGAGAGAUUUUAACGUCUGUCCGAGACGUGACAGAAGGGACUAAAUCUGAUUCACCGCCACCGGUGGGGUGUUUGGGGCUUUCCUGGCGAACCGUGGAGGACGGAGCUACGUUGAUGUACAUCGCAGUCUGUCUGAGCCGAUGUGAAACAUUGCAAAUGUUUAGAGACACAAGAAACAAAUAUUCUGUUUUGUAUUAAGCCGCUGUUUGUAUUAUGAGUGGCGUAAAUACUGUUCCAUGUAUUUAUUUUGCUGAAUGUAAUCUGAAGAUCUAGUAGAGGAGUUAAGCCACCAGAUUGUGGCCUGAAUACAAAUUUAUGCAUAAUCCACAUUAGUUUUUUUUAAUAGCUCUUGCCACAAUGACUCCGUGUGAGAAGCUCAUAUUUUACUGUCUUUUCAUUCUCAUUUUUAAUAUAAACGUGUAAAUAUAUGGGAUGUUUUAAUGUUUUUAGCCGUUUAUGGAAGCAAACUCACACGUGUGCUAUGGUGUUUCUUUAUCUAUGGUAAAACAAACACUUUCAAAUGAUUAUGCAUGUUUAAUGCAUAGUGAUGUACUUUAAAAAUGAUUUGUGAUACCUUUUUUAUUAUAAUAAAUUCAUUUAUUAAACA